UGGAUUGGGCGUGCUGCAUCCUCUAAAUAUCACCACAUUUUCUGCAUCGUCCCUUUUCUAUCACCUGUUUUACCUUCCCAUUUAUAUCCAUUUAAUAUCUCAUUCAUCUGUUUUCCAUUAGUGUACAUUUGUGCGUAAUGAUACGUUUCCAUCUGACUCCAUUAUUCCUCUAUUUCUAAAAACAUUUCCAGCCUUCCAAUCAUUCCGGCCUCUCGUUCCCCAGUGCUCUCCGGCCAUCAUAUACAACAUUUACCGUUUUUAUUUAUAUAUUUGUGUCUUUAUUUCCUCCCAGUGUCUUCAUUCUGUCCUGAUCAUCCCUUAUAGCCCUCCCGAUGCCCCCCUAUCCGUGCUUGUCUCCUACUCUGGGGUAGGGGGUAGGAGGUGUUGUAUGGGAGUGUCUGCAGGUGAGCAGCCUCUCUGUCACUGCUGCAUCCCACUGUCCAGCUGCGGGUAUAUGGACAGGAGCUCCCUGCUACGGCUUAUCCAGGGGCAGCUUGACCCAGAGAACACAGGUUUUGUGUGCGCAGAGACCUUCGCCACCCUGGUUACCAAUAAUGAGCUGCCCCUGGACCCUGCCAAGCUGGAAAUGCUAUUUGCCCUAUCUCAGGGCAAUGAGGAGGGACAGAUCUGCUAUUCUCAGCUGGUUGACCUGAUCAGUAACAAACGCUCCAGCAGUUUUAGACGAGCUAUUAGCAGUGGCCAGCGGGCACUUCCUCGAGAUGUCCUCCUCGACCAAGCAGGGCUGGGAGUCUAUAAGAGAUUUGUACGGUAUGUCGCAUACGAGAUUCUUCCCGGCGAGAUGGAAAGGCGCUGGUACUUCUACCAACAUCGGCCAUGCCCACCGCCUAUCUUCAUGGCGGCUGUUACUUUAACACAGCUUAUCGUGUUUCUUUGUUAUGGAAUACGGCUGAACAAAUGGGUCUUACAGACUUAUCAUCCAGAAUACAUGAAGAGUCCCCUGGUCUAUCACCCUGGGCACCGAGCACGUGCCUGGCGCUUCCUUACCUAUAUGUUCAUGCACGUCGGUUUAGAGCAACUGGGAUUUAACACCCUUCUACAACUGAUGAUUGGAGUCCCUUUAGAAAUGGUGCACGGAGUGUUGAGGAUCAGCUUCCUAUAUCUUGCUGGGGUUUUAGCAGGGUCGCUUGCAGUUUCUGUCACUGAUAUGAGAGCGCCAUUGGUGGGAGGAUCAGGGGGCGUAUACGCUCUCUGCUCUGCUCACCUUGCUAAUGUUGUUAUGAACUGGGCCGGCAUGAAAUGUCCUUACAAGGUUCUGCGAAUGAUUCUUGCACUGGUCUGUAUGAGUUCAGAGGUGGGCCGAGCAGUCUGGCUUCGCUUCUCUCCCCCGUUACCUGCUGCUGGUCCACAACCCAGCUUCAUGGCUCACCUGGCAGGAGCAGCGGUUGGGGUCAGCAUGGGAUUAACAAUUUUACGUAGCUACGAAGAGAACCUUCAAGACCAGUGUGGUUGGUGGGUUAUUCUUCUAUGUUAUGCCACCUUCCUCGCUUUUGCUAUCUUCUGGAAUGUCUUUGCUUAUGAUCUUCUAGGGGUACAGAUACCGCAUCCCCCCUGACCGUUACUGCAGUAUCACAUACAUUUCUUAGGUGCUGAAUGGCCUAGCUUCAUUCUUUCAUUGUCAGAGGAACCAACAAAGAUGUUGCUUCAAAAUGUAUUGCUUGACUCUCUGGCAACAACAAGAUAAAUGUAAUUACUCUGGACUAUGUUACGGAAAUUGGAUGUUGACACAGAUUGUAAGGGACCCCCUUUUUAUCUCCAACCAGUAAGACAGAGUGAUGUGA